UUUUAAAAUGCAAUCAUUCAAUAACCUUUGACCGAUUCUAUUUUGAUUGUAAAUUCAGCGCGCUGGCUUGUGAAGCAAACAACUAAAAAUAUGGCUCUAAAAGGAUUGAAAGUUUUAGAAUUCGUGGGUCUGGCGCCAGGACCAUUCUGUGGCAUGAUACUAGCUGAUUUUGGAGCGCACGUUACAAGAAUAGAUAAGACGCCGCUAAACAGCUUGGAUGUUCUCAAAAGUGGUAAACGAACAUUGGCCUUAGAUCUUAAAAAGCCAAAAGCUAUAGAAAUAGUCCGCGCGCUUUGUCGCAAAGCAGAUGUGCUAAUAGAACCGUUCCGACCAGGGGUUAUGGAAAAGUUAGGUCUGGGACCCAUUGAUAUAAUGCUAGAGAAUCCUAGACUAAUAUAUGCCCGACUAACAGGGUUUGGUCAGAACGGUCCUCAUGCGAGUCUAGCUGGCCACGAUAUAAAUUAUGUAGCCCUAUCAGGAAUAUUAUCAUUAUUCGGUAGAAAGGACGAACGUCCAACAGCACCAAUAAAUUUCGCGGCAGAUUUUGCUGGUGGCGGCUUGUUAUGUGCUUUUGGUAUUCUGGCCGCAUUAUUGGAAAGACACAACUCUGGAAAAGGCCAAGUUGUGGACCACGCUAUGGUAGAGGGAGCCGCUUAUGUGGGUAGUUGGCUAAUCCGUUCGCAGAGUCUUCCCAUUUGGGGAAAACCUCGUGGUGAGAAUAUGCUCGAUACUGGGGCACAUUUUUAUGACACUUUUAAAACAAAAGAUGGCAAAUAUAUGUCGGUUGGUGCGCUGGAACCUCAGUUCUAUAAAGAACUUUUGGAAGGUUUAGAUCUGCAGAAUCACUUAUCACAAUAUGAUGACAAUGAAAAGGCUCGCCACCUACUCGAGACUGUUUUCCAGACUAAAACCAGAGAUGAGUGGACUGAAAUCUUCUCUAUUCGAAAUGCGUGUGUUUUUCCAGUGCUUGAGCUGAGCGAAGUAGAUCAGUAUCCACAUAAUCAAGAGCGAAACGUAUUUCAGGAUCGAAACUUGACGAAUGAGCUUAUUCCGACGCCUGCCCCAAAACUUAGUCGAACACCUGCUGUUUCUGUUGCAUUGAUAGACGAGAUGGAUGAACUUCAAAUGGUGGAGGAAAUUUGCGGAGAAAUUAAUUUGGGAAAAGAAGACAUCAAAACAUUAUACAGGGAAAAGGUGAUAUUAACGAGCAUGAAGCCAAAGUUGUAACUAGGUAUUAAACUGCCUAAAAUUGCAUAUUUGUCCUAUAUGAAUGAGAAACCCAGCAAAGAUUGGACUGAUAUGCGUUCAUAGGAAGUAUAUGAUUCAACUAAACGUGAUCUACAACUUUAAACACACAAAUAUUCUGUAGUCUCAGGGCCGAUGCCCACGUAGCGUCUAUUUAACGCUGUAUGCAUUCUGCGUUGGAAAGACGCAGAUGUGCAUCGGGAAAAAGCGGUAACGCACACCUGCGUUAUUCCAACGUUGCGUGCACGUGGCGUUGAAAAAACGCUACGUCGACAUCAGCCCUAUAUGGUUGGUAUGGUAUCGAGGAAAAUUUGUAUCCAAUCAGUUUGUUUUUAUGAAUAAAGGCGUGGGUGUCUUUUUAUGUACAUGGUUAACUAGUUCCUAUUCCCCAAAUUGUUUCCUAUUUCUUGCUUGUAAAGUGAAUCGUUUUUUACAAUACUAGUGUGGAUUUGUCAACCAACAAAGCCCCCGGCAGGGUAAAUAAUAGAGAUAGAGGAUGGCACCCACAAAAACAAUUCAUUACUUAUUCAGUGCAUAUGAAGACUAUCGCAAUAUUUUUAUUAUGAUUAAAAAAAGGAGGGGGAAUGACGGCUUUGGCAGGUUUUGUUCUAUUAUUAUCAGGGGGGUUUUCUAUAACUAAUUAUGCUCAAAUUUGGCCUAAGCAUUCUUUGCAUAUCAAAGAAUAUUGUGGCCAAAUUUCAUAAAGUUUGGUCAACAAAAAUCCUGCUGACAAUAAUAGAACAAAAUCUGCCAAAGCCGUCAUUUCCCCUAUCGAUACUGAAAAAAAUAAGACCGUAGGACAUAGGAUAAGAUUUUUGUAGGAUGUUUGUUUUUUCUAAUAAAUAAUAAAAAAUAAAAAAAAAUUCUAAUAAAUCAAACAAAUAAUUUCUAUUAAGCUCAACGGAGAAGGUGGAUAAUAAAAAUAAAGUAUCUGUGAAAUUUCCAUAAUAUAGUGUAUUACAUUACAGCCUCUUAAAAAAAAAAUAUCAGAACUCCGUGGAAGACAUUUUUUGAUUAAAUUAAUAAAUAAUUCAGUAGGUAUUUUUCACAAUAUUUUUGGACUAAAAAUAAAAUUUUAGAAAUUUCAUUUUGUGUAGGUUUGUAUUGUAAACUUUUUGCAAGAAAUAUAAUUUCUUAUACCAGAGUACAUUGAAAUAUAACAUCGUAGGUGUACGUUUUAUUUAAACGCUAUCAAUAAUUUGUUUAUUUACAUUGUGCUAUUUUUUCUAUGACUAACCUAAUAUUGACUAUUCACAAAAUAUACAAAAAAAAAACAUUUCAUAGAGGGUUGAAAUGUUCGAACAAAAAACAUAGAAAAUAUGUUAUUUUUGUGGUAAAGUGAAGUCAAACAAUCAAAAAUUCCACCCAAAAAAAUCGUUUAGACAGCAUUCUGUGUGUGUUGUUUUCUUUUCCUUAUUUGAGUGCUUGUUUUAUUUCAUCCAUGCAGUAUUCAACUUUGG